AUGGGCAAUACGCAAGGCUCUGAUCUACACCAUGAUCAGGUCCCAGGGCAGCGCAGAUCAGUAAAGUCAAAACGCAGGAAAGAAGCGCUCCGUCAGAGGGAGGAGAAGGCCAUUCAAUGUGGAAUUUUGCUUCCUCCCAGUCCGCAAGACUUGGCUCGUCAAACUGUACGCCACUCAACAAAAAUAAUUCAGGUUGGGACAAGACCACACUUCCGAAACCGAUCAACUAUAACGGAGAUCGAACUCAAACCUAUCACUUCCCCUAUGCGAGGUGCUUUGAGCCCCAAGUCGCACCACCAGCACCAUCACCAUCACAUUAGGCAUUCUGAAGAUAGGCAUCGUCGCCUAUCCAACCCCUUCAUGCAUUUACAGGAUUCUUACCGAUCCCCCACAAUGCCUUACCUAGAAGUUAUGCCUGGAACAUGUAUUUUCACAACAAAACAACCACUAUACUUUGACUUGCCCAAAAUGGGGCAAAUGCCACCCAGAUGGAUGUAUGGAGCUCCACAAAUGAACGAUUUUGCUUCUUUUCAACAAAGUAUACCUCAACCGAAGCUGGAAUCAGGCGAUGAUAUGUGGCAAGCCCCGCCACCUGUGGAUGUAUUCGAGCCAUUUAUGCAACCACAACCAACUAAUAGAACACAACAUGUACAGAUUGUUGAAAAACCCGAAAUUAUACCACCAUCGGUGAUGGAAGGGUCCCUGCCUUGUGUUCUUCGCAAAGCACGAUCAUGGCACGGUUCCCUUGAUCAUCAAAGUGACGAGAGAUUUGGAGAGAAAAGAAACCCAUUGGCUAUGUCAAUGGACACCAUUUUGCUUCCAGCGCGGUCGCGUCGAAGUUCAUCGCUCAAUCCACCACUGAAGUCACAAGUUUUUCCCAAAUUUUACUCGGAUACUUGUAACCCAUCGCCGUAUUUCCCAAUGCCACGUUGUCCUGACAACUUUUUAAUCCCUGACACAAACCAAUCCAAUCAAUCCUAUGCGCCCAUGAACGUCGGCAGAAUGUGCACUAGCACCGAGUACAUACCAUCCUACAAGUUGCAGUGUCAAUGCUAUUCAGUACCACAAUUCACCAGCCCAGUGCUCUAUGGACCGCGUUCGGGUCCCAUGAUUCCAGCAUUCAGUAUGGCGAAUUUGAAUGAUCGGUCUAUGCGAGGAAUGUCGCACUUCUCCAGAGCCAACUCAAUGCGGGCUUUCAAGACAGGAAUGAUGGAGGGUGAAAGACGACGUCUGAUGGGUUUUGGGGUGGUAAAUAACAGCAACGGUUGGUCCAAUCCUACUUCUCCGGCUCGUGGAGGUCUGACAAAACAGAUCGGCCCUCUUAGUGACACCUUGGAGAAGGUGGCCAAGAAUCCACCGCGUUUCAAGUCCGUUUCCUUCGGACAGCCCAGUCGUUUUCGCUUCUACUUGAAGGAGUCGCCACAGGUGACCAAGAUCCUUUUAGACACCGAGGAUCGUCGGAUUCGUACCAUCUGUGAUCGUUUUCAGUGCGAUUUGGAAGUGUACUCAAAAGUGCCCAAGUCGGGUUUUUUGCAGUAUGCCAUAGACAUAACCGCACCGGACAGCACCAGUCUCUACGCCUGUUCGAGGAACCUGGACUCCGCACUCGGCUGGUUCCUCACUGCGCAACUCACCGCUGCCCGGUAUCUCAAGUAUUAA